AUGAGUGACGUUGAAAUGAGCGAUACCACCGAAGGAGAAGGGUUUCGUCUCAGUCGUGUCAUCGAUGCUCAUAAAUCGGAUGUGAAAUGUCUCGCUUCAACAUCAGCUGGAGUAAUUAUUUCUGGUGGACGUGAUGAAACUGUGAAGUUCUGGUCUAAGAGAGGUGGAGAGUUCUCAGAAACUCUCGCAUUCCCCCAACCAAAAGGACUAGCGGUGAACUCAGUAGCCUACUAUGAAUCACCAGAAGGUUGGCGGGUGUUUGCUGGUAGAAAGGAUGGCUCUAUAGCUGUGUAUGGUUCUGGAUCCUCUGAGCCACUAUCAGUGUUAACUCAACAUUCUUCAAAUGUUUGUUGCCUCUACGUCGAUGAAAAGAAUCAUAUUUUACUUAGUGGUUCUUGGGAUAACAAUAUCAUCAUUUGGCCUAUCAGAGAAAUCGGAUCUCCAGAAUUUCCGGUUCUUCUGCUCAAUGGGCACAAACUAUCAGUAUGGGCCCUGUGCGCAAUUGAAUCAAAUCCAGGAUAUUAUCUGUCAGGAAGUGCUGAUAAGACUGUUAAACUUUGGCAUAACGAUAACGAAGUUAGGACGUAUACAGGACAUACCGACGUUGUACGAGCACUACUUGUUAUUUCUGUUGACCGAUUUCUCUCUGCUGCUAAUGAUUCUACUAUAAGGCUAUGGCAUACGGAGACCGGUGUUUGUCUUGGGAAAUUCUCGUCGUUGCGGGACGAUUUUAUCUUUGACUUAGCCUUCGUCGAUUCCCAUAUAGCUUCAUGUAGUGAAGGAGGAUAUGUUGAAAUUUGGAAGCAAAACACUAUAGAAGGACAAUUAAGUCUUUCACACGCACAACUGCUUCAAUCCCCAGCACUGACGCUUUGGGCUGUGAAAGGUCUUCCAAACGGCGACAUUGCUUGUGCGGCCAGUGAUGGCAAAAUCUAUGUGUUCACCGAAAAUGAGAAUCGCAAAGCGUCUGCAGCCGUAGCGGCUGCAUAUGAUGACGCUAUUGCAGUUAAGGUUGCUAAGGAGUUAGAAAGGAAGGAACGUCAAGCAAACGAGACCGUGGUAAUCAAGGUUUCUCUGGAUGAUGGUGCUCCAAAUAUGGAACUUCGAUACAAAAAAGGAACUGAUCCAGCUCUGGCAGCUGAGAAAUUCAUUCAGGAUAACAAUCUUCCUGCGUCAUAUCUGAAUGAAAUAACGGACUACAUCAAGGCUCACGUUCCAGAAGCUGCUGCUGCUGCGCAGAAGCAACAUAAAGUCCAACCAACGCAGCGAGUUAUAGUUGACGGAAAGGAGUACGACUACUGUUUCGAUGUCACCGUUGACGAUGGAAGAAAAUUGCGUCUUCCUUACAAUCUGAGUGAGGAUCCGGACGUUGCUGCUCAAAGAUUUGUCGAAAAGCAUAAUUUGCCCAUCUCUUUCCUAGCCAAGGUGUCAGGAUUGUUGAGAUCCCAAACUUCGGGAGCACAAGGAGCCUUUUCGGGCCAGUUUUAUGACCCAUUUACAGGUAGUGGCCGUUACGUUCCGUCACAGGGCAGUACGUUCUCAUCGAAUGGCAGCGCCGAUCCUCUCACUGAUAGUGGACGAUACAUUCCUGGCAAUUCUUAUGGAGAUUUUCCCCCUGCUAGUAGCGGUGAUCCACUCACAAGUUCUGGAGGGUACCAUCCAGGCUCAGCUUCCGGUGAUAUUAUUCCUAGCUCGUGUUUACCUGUAGACAAAAGAAGGCCUCGCGGCGAGCUCACUCCUAUGGCGAAUUAUUAUCGAUUUGGUGUGGAGCAACUAAGUACUAAAGCCAUUACAAAGCUUUUUGAAGUAAAUGAUAAACAAACAGCCCUGAGGCUAAAUGAAACACAACUGCAAGCGAUUCAGCGUUUGAUGUCAGCAUCUAGCACCAAUAAUGAUUAUGAGAUGUUGGUUAUGGCGCUUGAAACGGGAUUGCAGUGGGACAUCGAAGAUUUAGUUCCAAUUCUCGAUGUGUUUCGAGUAGCCAUUUUAGAUGAAACGCUUAACUCAUACUUCUGCGACAUGAAGGGACGAGGAGAAAGCACUCAACAACGCCUUUCAGCGCUUCUUCUUAGCGAGCCACCGGAUGCGAUCUCUAUACUUGUGUGUCGAUGUAUCACUAACGCAUUUGUUCAUAGUCGUGGCCGUGAGAUGGUUUCUCACGAUUUCCAAAUUUUGUUCAGAGCUGUAGCAAAUCACGUUACAAGCCACAAACCUGCACUCCAGAUAGCAGCAGCAUCAGCCCUUGCAAACUGGAGCCUACUUUUGUUAAACCGAUCGGAAACGGUCGCCGAAUUGGGACCACGAGAGGAUGCUAUCCGGGAGAUCAUAAAAGUGUGCGAAGACAAAGUAACCUCCUUUGGCUCCUUCGCCGAAGUUGCAAUGAUUCGAUUGCUGCAAGCAAUCGUCACCUUCAUGUGGGGCGAUACUACAGUAAUUAAUCUUGCAAAGUCCAGAAAUAUGCUGAGCAUUGUCAACCGAAUAAAGGAUGCAGUUGCUGACGAAAAAGGAAAGAGUAUUGCACGAGAUAUUGCAGAAAUGAUUUAUGCUGUCUAA